CGGGGCGGGCUCCAGCGGCCGCGGCCGGGGAGCAGAGCCGGCAGGCUGCGGGGACCCGGGGGCGGCGAGGGCGGUGGGCAGCGCGGGGCGGACCGCAUCGCUCCGGACUCGUGGGAGGUGCGGCCGCGGAGUGCCCGGAUGUCCAUCAGGAUUAGCGCGAGCCAAUGCGCCGGGAGGCGGGGGCGGUGCUGAGGACGCAGCGGCCCGGACGCCGGCUCCGAUCAGGUAGUCGCCGCGGCUCAGGCGUUUGCGAAGGAGCGUCGGCCGGGGCUGGCCGGUGCGGAACGGCGCUGGCAGCGGGGCCCGCGGGGCGCAGGCUCUGAUGGACGCGCGACGCCGGGCGCUGUAAGCCGAGCCAUGGCAGCCCGCUCCAGCUUGUACAAUGAAGACAGAAACCUGCUUCGAAUUAGAGAGAAGGAAAGACACAACCAGGAAGUUCACCAAGAGAAAGAGGCAUUUCCUGAAAAGACUCCCCUUUUCGGAGAGCCCUACAAGACUGCAAAAGGUGAUGAGCUGUCAAGUCGAAUACAAAACAUGCUGGGUGACUAUGAAGAAAUGAAGGAAUUCUUCAGCAAGUCCCAUCCUCAGCGCCUGGAUGCUUCUGAAGAUAGGCUGGGGAAGCCGAGAUACCCUUUGUUUCCUGACAGGGGGAGCAGUAUUCCAUCCAACUCUUUCCACACACAUGGCCACCACCAGUCUAUUCACACUCCUGCCUCUGGAUCACUUCCUGUUGGUAAAUUCAGCCACAGUCCAAAGAUGGCACCACCAAGAAUGGAGCCAUCACCAAGUCUUCAUGUCAAAAACUAUGGCUUGCCAGACAGCCAGCACCUGACCCAAGAUCGCCUUAGUCAGGGGGGUUACAGUUCCAGUCAUCACAAAAAAGGUGACCACAGAUCUGAUGGAGACCAUUGCGCUUUGAUGCCAGAUUCAGUUCUGGAGAGGAAGCUUUCCCCCUUAAUCUCCUCUUUACCUUCCCCAGUGCCCCCCUUGUCACCUGUACAUUCCAACCAGCAAACUCUUCCCAGGCUGCAAGGAACCAGCAGGGUUCACAGCAGUAGCACUAGCAAUAAAAGCUACUGCCCAGCCACAUCUCCCAAGGACCUGGUGGCAAAGGUUCUCACUAAAGAGACUCCUCAUGACAGUUUGGUGGCAGUUACCAGCCUUGGGGUAGCCCCUCCCCAGCCACCUUCUCAGACAUUUCCACCCCCUUCUCUCCCCUCAAAAAGUGUUGCAAUGCAGCAGAAGCCCACAGCCUAUGUCCGGCCCAUGGAUGGUCAGGAUCAGGCUCCAAGUGAGUCACCUGAACUGAAACCGCCACCGGAGGACUAUCGUCAGCAGACCUUUGAAAAAAUAGACUUAAAAGUGCCUGCCAAAGCCAAGCUCACCAGACUGAAGAUGCCUUCACAGUCAGUUGAGCAGACCUACUCCAAUGAAGUCCAUUGUGUUGAAGAGAUUUUGAAGGAAAUGACACAUUCAUGGCCUCCUCCUUUGACAGCAAUACAUACUCCUAGUACAGCUGAGCCAUCCAAAUUUCCUUUCCCCACAAAGGAUUCUCAGCACAUCAGUUCUGCAACACAAAGCCAAAAACAAUAUGAUACACCUUCAAAAACCCACCCUAAUUCCCAGCAAGGAACAUCCAUGCUCGAGGAUGACCUACAGCUCAGUGACAGUGAAGACAGUGACAGUGAACAAGCCCCACAGAAGCCUCCCUCCUCAUCUGCUCCUCCAAGUGCUCCACAGUCGCUUCCAGAACCAGUGGCAUCAGCACAUUCCAGUAGUGCAGAAUCAGAGAGCAGUGAGUCAGACAGCUCCUCUGACUCGGAGAGUGAGAGCAGUUCAAGUGACAGCGAGGAGAAUGAGCCCCUGGAAACCCCGGCUCCUGAGCCUGAGCCUCCAACAACAAACAAAUGGCAGCUGGACAACUGGUUGACCAAAGUCAACCAGCCAGCAGUCCCCACCGAAAGUCGGAGCACAGAUUCUCCACACUGGCACCAGAAGAAGGGCGGCUGCGCAGGUGGCGGCAGCAGCAGCAGUGAUCAGGAACACCCUGAAUCCAAGGACCCGCCCCCUAAGAGUUCCAGCAGAGCUCCCCGGGGUCCCUUUGAGGGCCCCUACCCUGGGAAAAGGAGCUGCCAGAAGUCCCCUGCAGAACAGGAGUCCCCUCCUCGGCAAACUAUUGGAACCAAACAACCCAGAAAACCUGCUAAGGCUUCUGGGCCGGCCGAGCCCCGGGGAAACUUGCAGGUGGAGCUCCAACAAGGAUCUCCUUCUUACGGCUCGAAAGAGCAGACUUCCAAAGACAAGCCCAAGGUGAAGACGAAAGGAAGGCCACGUACUGGGGGUAGCAGGGAGCCCAAAGAGGCACCUGUGUCCAAGCCAGAGGCACCUGUGCCCACCCCCAGUGAGAAGAAGCAGCACAGGAGCUCCCUCCCAGCCCCCUCCAAGGCACUCUCAGGCCCCAAGCCCCAGAAGGACAAUGUGGGGGACAGAAGCCCUGAGCAUUUUGCUCUUGUCUCCUUGUCUCAGAGCCAGGGUCUGCCCCAUAGUGGCAGUGGUGGAAGGACUAGUGGCUGCCGACAGGCUGUGGUAGUCCAGGAGGACGGCCGCAAAGACACGCUCCUGUUGCCUUUGAGAGACACCAAGUUGCUCUCGCCGCUCAGGGACACUCCAACCCCCCCAACAAGCUUGGUGGUGAAAAUAACCCUAGACCUUCUCACUCGGAUUCCCCAGCCCCCAGGGAAGGGGAACCGCCCAAAGAAAGCAGAAGACAAGCAGCCACCAACUGGGAAGAAGCAGGACUCUGAGAAUAGAAGCUCUGACAGCUCCAGCAAGGUGGCCAAGAAGAGAAAGGGUGAAUCAGAAAAGGACUCUGACAGCAAGAAAAUCAGAUUGGAAAAAGAAGCCAAGCCACAGUCUUCAUCUUCAUCCUCCCACAAAGAAUCUUGUAAAACAAAGACACCCAGGUCAUCUUCAGAGUCCUCAAGAAAGGAAAUGCUUCCCCCUCUACCUGUGUCAUCCUUGUCCUCGUCAUCCUUAUCCUCCUCCUCCUCCCAGAAGCCAGCCAAGCCUGCACACAAGAGGUCAAAACGAGAAGCAGACACCUGCAGCCAGGACCCUCCCCAAAACGCCAGCAGUGCCAAGAGCAGCCAGAAAGACCCUUCUGUUUCCAAGCACAGAAAAGUACAGAGCAGGGGCUCUGGAGGCCGCCCUGAACAUAAAGGGUCUUCUGGAAAUACUGCAAAUCCUUUUCCAGUGCCUUCUUUGCCAAAUGGUAACUCUAAACCAGGGAAGCCUCAAGUGAAGUUUGACAAACAGCAAGCUGAUUUUCACAUGAAAGAGGCUAAAAAGUUGAAGUGCAAAGCAGAGUCAAUGACAGAUAAGGUUGGAAAGGCCUUUAAAUACUUGGAAGCUGUCCUGUCCUUUAUUGAGUGCGGGAUCGCCAUGGAGUCGGAAAGCUCAGCGUCAAAGUCAGCUUACUCUCUGUAUUCAGAAACUGUAGAUCUUAUUAAAUUUACAAUGUCACUGAAAUCCUUCUCAGAUGCCACAACACCAACACAAGAGAAAAUAUUUGCUGUUUUAUGUUUGCGUUGCCAGUCUCUUUUGAGGAUGGCAAUGUUCCGCUGUAAAAAAGACCUAGUAAUGAAGUAUUCUCGUACCCUUAACGAACACUUCAAGAGUUCUUCCAAAGUGGCUCAGGCUCCUUCACCGUGCAUUGCAAGAAGCACAGGCGCACCAUCCCCCCUCUCCCCAGUGCCUUCUCCUGCCAGCUCCAUAGGGUCCCAGUCGAACGCUGGCAGUAUGGGGAGCAGUGGGGUGGCUGCAACUAUCAGUACCCCAGUCACCAUCCAGAACAUGACCUCCUCCUAUGUCACCAUCACAUACCAUGUCCUUAAGGCCUUUGAACUUUGGGAACAGGCUGAGGCCCUAACAAGGAAGAAUAAAGAAUUCUUUGCUCAGCUCAGUGCAAAAGUGUGUAUCUUGGCCCUCAACAGCAGCCUGGUGGACCUGGUGCACUACACAAGACAGGGUCUGCAUCGGCUAAAGCAAGCACCCAAAACACCUUAACACAGCCAAGCUUACUCGAUGCCUUGGGAACGUUUUUUGCACAAUCGGAAGCCUCGAUACAGUGUAGACAUUGGUUUAAUCAGGACAUCACAUUCAAGAAGAGAAGCACCACGAUAUGGCCAGGAUGCUUGUCUACCUAAACAGCAAGAGCUGUGUAGUCAUUGGUUGGAUACCAUGGUUAGCAGAAGCAGUUAAAGGUCAGCCCCAGAGAUGACCUUGCUUUUUCUAACUAAAGGACGGAAGUGCAAUGGAGCCUAACAGGCAUAUGAAUGGUCUAGAAACAUUUCUGGGUUUUUGUUUGUAUUUUUAAACAGUAGGAUAUAAGUUGUAAAUGAAAUGAAGAUGAGCAGUUUCAAAUCUGAAAGCAAGUUCCUGUCAUCUCAGUAGUCACACUAGUUCAUUCCCACAAGGAAAUUGUUUUGAACAGUGAUUUUUUUGGUGGAGGGUUUUAUGGAUAUAUAUUUUUUUCUUUUCAAGUUUAAAAGAAACAUUUGUUUAAUAAAUUCUAAUGGCCAUCUGUAAAACGUAAGUUGUGCAGAUUUACACUGUGGCUCACUUUCUGCCAGUGCACAGUGGCUGCGAUGCUACUAAGUAUUAUCACUUACAGACCUGAAGGUAACCGCCCAUUGCCUAGAGUCCUCACAUUCCCCAGCUCUGGUCUCUCUGGCUGCACUGAAAGGGAGCCCAUAGUAGAGUGGUAUUCAGUGAAGGAUCUAUCUAGAGAUCGACCCCAUAUCCCAGGAGACUUUGUGCUCCCUCCCACCCCACUUGCACACUUGACUAUGUUUUGAAUUUCCCACUGUGGGAGCAAAGGGAACAAGCAUUUACACUGAAGGGCUGUGUCAUUUUUGUCUAGGUGGAGCUGGAAUUUGAGCUGUUGAUAGUGGUCUACAACAUGUGGUCCCUUAUGUGUCUGAUCAACUCAAUUUUGUCAGUGAAGAGCAACAACCAAAAAAAAAAAAAAGCUUCUUAGAUAGGCUAUAUUUUUCUGCUGCAAAUUACUUUAUAUUUAUAGCAAAACUAAACCUUGCAAAGCCUUGAUUAUCCAGAGGAAGUUAACUCCGUGAGAUGUGGAGAUUUGCCAGGAGGGGAUUAAUUGAACUUUUAAAAACUUCACCACCAUAUACCUUCACUCCAGACCCUCUCCUCAGGCAGUGAGGAUUGAUGAGGCUUAAGGGGACAUGUGGCCUUCCCAUAAGCUAUUACUAUACUGCUUCCAUUAAACCGAGUUCACUUUGAACAGUGCAAAAUAAAAGAGCACACUCAGAAUUCACACUUGCCCAUAAGCACAAAUCUUUUUCAUUGAAGCUUUGGAAGUUAUUAUUGGAAAUACGCUUGAGUACAGUGUUUUGAAAAUGCCAGUUCCUGUAUCUCUUCUAGAAAGAAGUAGAAUUUGCACAUGUAUUAAAAUUGAGUGAGUGCUGCUUCCAGUUGGUUUUUCUGCCCAUUCCCCCCCAUCAUGCUUCUCUGUGUUGUUUCCUACCAAGCAUGUUUCACGUGUUUAUAUUUGUGUAUGAGUAGAGAAAGGAGAACCAUUUUACCUACAGUGAAGAUGUCGAAGGGCCCUGUGAUGAACAGAACUUUCUUGGUAGCUUGGCAAAUCUAUAAAGGGACAUGUAGUAGAUUGGUGCCAUUUUUACAAUGUGAGUUAUUUGUGUGGCGUCCCCUGGUCUCCUCUUCAGUCUUUUAUCCUAACUGGGAUAAAGUCAGAGAAUGGCUGCCUUGUGAGUAUCAGGGCAUAAGACCUUGGCAUGUGAUCCUGACAAAGCAUUGAUGUUCUAAAGCAAAACUAUGUUUUAUUUUUAAGUACUAAUUUACAGAACUGUCCUUGUUAAAUGAACAACAGCGGCCUGGUAGGGUGUUGUGCGACGUCACGUGUGUACCUCUUGUACCAGAGUCAAGCUUGUGGGAUUCUUGAGGCUCUUUUUCCUUCCUCUGGUGGCCAUCCCAUCCUUUGUUGCAUCGUUCUCUGAAACAAGCUGCCUGUCAGUCAUGAAGGAUUUGGUUUUUGUGAUCUAUGCAGCUUUUUCCUGAGAGAGAGAGAGAGAGAGAGAGAGAGAGAGUGUGUGUGUGUGUGUGUCCUGUCAGCAAGCCUUUGUGCUCCCUUGGCUGAACACAUUUCCAAGCAGACAUUUCAGCCAGCGCUAAAGAGCAGAUUGCUUAUUUGGUGGCCUUAUUCUUCAUAUUUUCUCUUGUAUUCUAGACUGUUUUUAUUUGUCCCUUGAAAAACUAAAGAAUUUGGAUCGAUCCACUUGUACUAGUUUGGUCUGUGAAUAUUGCUGAUUCAUCCUACAACUCUGUACAGAAGAGAGACUCCUGACUGCAUUUUUAAAUAGUGCAUGGUGACUGCAGUGGCUGGUUGGUGAGUGCGUCAUGUUCACAAGGGCUCUGUGCUAUUGUCAUUAUAUAUAGAAAUCUGAAGACUCUUUAAGCCAUUUGCACUUUUUUUUCUGAAUACUCAAAAUUCCCGAAGGCAAAAUUUUGUCCUGAAGUGAUUACUUUGAGAGGAUUUCAGCCCUUUGAACAUGUGCAGUGCCUGUAACCACAGUAAGAGCACACGAGACCGACAAAAAGCAGCUAAGGAGUGAAGGGUAGAAAUCUUGCCUUUGCCACUGCAGAGGGGGUGUGACAGAGGGUGUGGUGUGUAUGUGUGCACAUCUGUGUCUGCAGUAGAAGACAGAAGAACACACUUUUUUCUUCAAGUGUUGAAAGUUUCUCUUUCGGAAAAAUUAAAAUUUGAUUCAAUACAUUUAAGAGCCAUGCUAAAUAAUGAAAGCCCAUCAGUGAAACCAGCUCCUCAGUUAGGGUGGUGGAGUGCAGGCCACAUGAAAGUGGUGGGGCCCGGCAGGAAGCCCAGCAUGUGGCUGUCAGUUACCAACUGUGGUCUGGUCAUAGUACUGAAUGGGAAGAAUCUGACAUUAAAAAUAAAUAAAUAAAAAAUAACCUUUAUUUUGUACGUUUUCUGGAAAAAAUGUGUUCAUAUUCCCUCUAGACAAAAUGGACCACAAUAAUCUGAAUCCUCUAAUUCUAGAUCUUAGGAUGUUUAGAAAUGAAUCCAUCUCCCCCCACCCCCCUUUAGCUGAAAACGCCUUACUUGGUACCUUGCAUAUUGAUUGUCAGUAGGGGCAGGAACUUAGUUUUAGUAUUCCUGUUUGGUAACUUAAAAGCAAACAAAAACUACUGUCUGCCCCACACUGUGGCCUCUGACACUGAGGGUAAGAGUGGCUGGACUGUGCAUGUUUAUGCCUCUGCUGACCAAUCGUACAUUUGAAAUAAUGCUGACUGUUUUGCCACAGCUUCAAGUAAUGUUUUAUGGGUCUUAGCUCUUUACUUUUCUGCUUCAUGAAGCUUGAAGUAUACAUCUACAGAUUAAAGUUAAUGAGUUGGGCUUUUACUCUUUUAAAAUACACUCUAAAAUCUUUUCACGCCUCCUACUGAGUCCUUUUUUUUCGUUAAUGAUUUAUUUUUCCCCAACACUAUAAAAUAUUUUGGGAAAAGUUACCACUUCAUCUGUUCUGCUCUUUACCACUGGCGAGCAGUAUUUAAGUCUCAUAAGGAUAUUUUGGGCUCCUUUUAGAAACAUGAACGUACAUUUCUCACUGAAGAGCGAGCUGUGCAUUGCAGCUGUGGAGGCGCUGAGCUCAGCUUUGAUUUGUCCCCCCCUUCUCAGUGAGUUGUGUUUUCUCUUGGUUUUGGGUCCCCUUUGGAAAUAACGGAUGGGGAUUUUCCUGUGCCUUUAAUUUGUUGUCCUGUGGAAGGGCAGAGAGGCCUGGUGUUGUAGAUUUUCUUCAGACAGUGCAAGUGGUAUUUCUGCCAGGUAAUACUGCAGUAUUCCAGUUGUGUGGGUCGCUGUGACUGAGCAGAAUAAGUUCUGGCCUCGCUCUUCUUUAUGAUGCAUUGACAGGCACCAUCUACCACUUUUCUUCAGGUGGCUGUAAAUUCUUUAUUUUCCUGAGGUAAAUCACACUAUUUUGUUCCACUGUACAUGAGACAUCACCAGGUGCUGUGAUGGGCAGAGAAGCCCCUACACGUCUCUACGUAAUUGGGAGCCUCUGAGGGCAGGAAGGAAACUCUAGAGCCUGUGGGAGCCAAUAUAUUGUUACACUGGCCCGUAAGACAAUGGAGUAAAACCACUGAAAGUCAUGCUGGCAAGCUGCACCACUGGGCCAGGCAGUGGCUGACCUAAGGAAGAUAAAACUUGCUUUGUUUAAAAGUAGGAGUUUUAGCAAUGCCCAAUACAGGCAGUAUUAAGUUUGCCUUUUGUUCAGGCCAUGACAUGUAUUGUAAGGAAUACUGCACAUCCUCCUCUAGGACAUCAAGUAUACACUGUUCAUGUUGGGGUGUGUGCAUGUGUGCGUGUACACGUGUGUCCCGAAUCCUAUUUUAAUUUUUUUCUGAAUGUGAUCAUAUUUUGGAUUAUACCUGAGCAGGGUUGUCUUUUUUUAUUUAUUUCCAUUAUAUAUUAUAUUAUAUUAUAUUUUUUUCUUUCUUAAAACUUUAGAGGAAAGUCAAAUCUUGGUAUUAUUAAAAUUGCUUUAAAAAGAAGUGUUGUCCAGGUGAGAAUGAAAAUCACUGGUCUAUCUUUAAAAUAAUGAGUUUUCUUUGACUGUGGAAUAAUGGGCCAACUAUCAUCAGUACAAUGGUUUGUAUGUAGGACAGGGAAGCAGUGGGGCUCCCUGUGGAAGAUGAGCAGCACCAGUAAAGGGAGCUGCACUUGUUUAUCAGCAGCACAGCUGCAACCCCAGGCUUUUGUGAAUAAAAGGUAGCAGUCUUGUAGGAAUCUUUGAAAGAGACCGACAUCAGACAUCAUCGGUGAGAGAAGUAUGGUUUGUUUUUUUAGAAGAAAAGUCUGCAAAAGAUCUUUCCAAAGAUAAUGUGCCAAGAUCUUUUGUUUUUCUCUGUAAUGCGGAUUAAGUGCUGUUUUCAAAUGUCAUUGACUUGUUCAUCUUCAGAGCCUUUCCACAAGAAGUCAAGCUGUAGAAAAAAAUAUUUAAUAAAAAUUUAGAGAAAUUA